AUGGUCACAGAAAAUGGAGACUUUCGGUAUCCGCCGUCGCCAGGCGAACAUAAUAUCUCCAAUCGUCGCAAAGUGCCCAAUCCUCCUCGUCUCAAUCCUCUAAGAAUCAACCCCCCUUCUCCUCCAUCUUCUCGUACCGCCACCGCCCCACGUGCGCCUCCGCUCCCACGCUCUCCGAGAAGACCCCCUGUCAUUCCGGAUGAUCCUUUCUUACGCUCACCCUCUCCCCAACCCGGAAUGGGGGGUGAUUAUAUCUCGCACAGGCCGACAUAUCGCAUGCCCGCCACUGCCAAUCCAACGUUUGAACGCUUUCCCAGAGCUCCCUCGAGAGAAAGUGACUUGGAGCGUCCGACAUAUCGUCGCAAGACCCCUCCCCCUCAACCAAGAUUAAGAACCUCCAAAUCUACAUCGAAGCUUCACAGACCUCCCAAGACCCUCCAUUCCCUGGAUCGUCAGUCCAACGACACGCCACAACAGGGACUGGGCUUACCGCGCUUUUAUCAUAAUGGAUCGACAGAGGCCAAUGGGGAAGAUGCUCUUCGCUCCAGUGUGAACUCCGCCAUGACGUCGCGCUCUAGUGUCGGACAGGCUAGUGGAACGGAGCGAAGUAGUGUCCUGACGAAGAGCAGCUCUAUCACCGAUCUUUCUCCUGAUACACCAGACGGAUCGUAUGAGAAGGACGGGGGAAUGAGCGUGGAAGAUGCGAUCUCUAUGUAUCUCGACGGGUUUAGUGACGUCACAGAAGAGCCGGGAUCUCCUGACUGGCGUGGAGAGAGCAAAGCAAGACCGCUCAGUCCCUGUCCGCCAACAGAGCUGACUCUAGACGAUGGGCAUACUUCCGAUGAACAUUCGCCCGAACUAGAUCCGACCGAGGAUUUGCCACCGGUACCACCGCUCCCAGUUUUAAACCCGCCCGACCAGAAUACGCUGGAUGAGCAGUUCUUGGGCCACGCGCAAUUGAACGAAAGGCAAUUUAGCGAGCCCCUGGACCAGAACACGCCGGAUCGGCCAUCUGAUACCAGUCCACUAGAGACGAAGAUAUUCAUUCCCGGCACCGUGCCGCCUCCGUUUUUGAAGCCUACCGAGAGCAGGGACCAGUAUGGAUUUCGGAAGACCAGUCACCACGUCACAUUACAACAGUACGAGGCCUGGAAUCGCCCGUAUGCAGCUUUUGCUAGGAGUCGGAGGAAUAAAUGGUCAGAAUUGCUGAAGGAGCAUGGGUUGCCCACCACCGAACCGAGGAUUUUCCCGCCCAAAUCAAACAAGAUCAAGCGUCUUGUCCGCAAAGGCAUUCCUCCCGAGUACAGAGGGGCAGCUUGGUUCUUUUAUGCUGGUGGUUAUGAGCACUUGAAUCGUAAUCCUGGUCUAUAUGAUCAGCUUGUGAACCAGGCUAUGGAAAGCCCAAGCAACGAUGACAAGGAGCAUAUCGAGCGAGACUUGCACCGGACGUUCCCCGAUAAUAUCCAUUUCAAGCCUGAAUCUACUGACGGGAUCGGGAACUCAGGUGCUAGCUCUGGUAGCAGCAACCUGAAGCAUGGCUCGGUCACUGUCGAGACGCAAAUGAUCCAAUCGCUCCGGCGGGUGCUCUAUGCAUUUGCGUUGCACAAUCCCCAAGUCGGUUACACGCAAUCACUCAACUUUAUUACAGGCCUGCUCCUUCUAUUCCUUCCGGAAGAGAAGGCCUUUUGGAUGCUGCAUAUCAUUACUUCCGUUUACCUCCCCGGUACCCACGAGAUAAGCCUCGAAGGUGCUAAUAUCGAUCUAUGGAUCCUUAUGGUUCUCUUGAAAGAUUCAACCCCGCUGAUCUACAACAAAAUCACGGGUUCCGCUCCCGGCAAAUCCAAGACGCCUCCGUUGACAGUCGACUCUCGGUUACCGGAUAUUACACUAGGCUUGACGAAUUGGCUCAUGUCAUUGUACAUUGGGACUGUGCCCUUGGAGACGACUUUACGCAUCUGGGAUGUCUUUUUCUACGAAGGAUCGAAGACAUUCUUCCGAGCUUCGCUAGCUAUUUUCAAGGCUUGUGAGAGGGACAUCCUCGCCGUAUCCGACCCCAUGGAGGUUUUCCAAGUUGUCCAAACGGUUCCCAAGAGGUUGUUGGAUGCCAAUACUCUACUGGAUGAGUGUUUUGUGCGGCGCCAUCGUGUUGGACAGGGCCGCAUUGAGGAGCUAAGAGCAUCUCGACGGACAGCGGUUCGGCAAGAGAAGCUGCGACGUUCGAAAGCUUUGAGCAAGGGAUACCUUCAAGCCGCCACGGAUGAAUGGCCGACUACGCGAUCGCGGACACCCGUUCCUGGGGUUGAGCGCAGCAUUGCCGAUGGAUGGCGUCAUAUGAAAGAUGCGUUCCGCUGGUCAUCUUUUUUCAAUGCAGCCAUGAGCGGUCAAGCAGCGAGUUACUAUAACCAAAACGAGAGCUUUGGUGGAGGUCCACCUCCACCUCCACCUCCACCUCAGCAGCAGCAACCAUUCUACGAUAAUAAUGCCAAUAAUGGCAACUAUCAAUACGCCGACCCCAACUAUCAAAGAGGUCCGGAGCCCAAGCAGCCUCACGAACCCCCGCCGACUUAUAACCAGGCCGUCUAUGGUUUCGAUGAUGCUUUCAAGAUUGAGAAACCCAAGUUUAACGAUAUCUGGGCUGGUCUUUUGCUCAUCGCGGUGUUCCUGGGGUAUGUUGCAGUAUCUGGAGUAGCGAUUCACCGAUAUGCGAAAUACAAAGGUUUCAAUGGCGGCGGCAUCUAUGAUUCAUCCAACACCUUCUCGCUUGACACCAAUACUCUAGUGCUAUUUAUAUUUGUACUAUGCGUGGCACUCGCCUUCUCAUGGGCCUACUUCCUCGGAGCUCGCUAUUUCCCUAAACUCUUCAUCUGGGUUACAGGGAUCUUGAACAUUGUGUUCGCUCUAGCCACCGCGAUUUACUAUCUGGCGAAGAAGCAAUAUGGUGGAGGUAUUGUGUUCCUCAUCUUUGGUGUCUUUGCCAUCGUUUGUUUCAUCAGUUGGAUCCCGCGCAUUCCAUUUACGGCAUUCAUGUUGGAAACAUCCAUCGAUAUUUCUAGAAAGCACGGACACAUGUUCCUCGUCAGUGCGAUCGGAGGUAUCGUCGCCGUGGCUUUUGGAGCUUGGUUCUCCGUAACCCUGGUCUCGAUCUAUGUCGCCUAUGAACCCAAUAGUGGGGGGGUUAAUCCGGCAUGUCGUGACGGUGGGGGCUGUAGUACAGGCAGAGUAAUAGGCCUGGUCGUCUACGUGACAUUCGCCAUGUAUUGGUUCAGCGAAUGGCUGAAGAACACCGUCCACACGACUAUCGCUGGAGUCUACGGAACCUGGUACUUCUGGAGCAACUCGCCAAACGGCAUGCCGAAGGGGGCCACUCGUGGCGCUUUCAAGCGCGCCACAACCUACUCGUUCGGCAGCAUCAGUUUCGGCAGCUUGAUCAUUGCCCUCAUCAACAUGCUCCGGCAGGCGUGCUCCGUCGCACAGCGCCAAGAGGCGGCAGAAGGGAACUUACUGGGCAGCAUCGCAUUCUGGAUUCUUGGGUGCUUCAUUUCCAUGCUAGAUUGGCUAGUCACCUUUUUCAACCGUUACGCCUUCUGCCACAUUGCCCUGUAUGGCAAGCCAUACAUCGAGUCUGCGAAAGAUACAUGGACCAUGAUGAAGGACCGGGGCGUUGACGCGCUUGUGAACGACUGUCUCAUGGGGCCGGUCUUAACCAUGGGUUCGGUCUUUGUGUCGUAUGUCUGUGCCUUACUGUCGUAUCUGUACCUUCAGUAUACCCACCCCGCCUACAACAGCGGCGGGGAAUUCACCCCCGUGAUCAUGGCCUUCUCUUUCGUGAUCGGCCUACAGGUCUGCCAAAUUUUCAUGACGCCAGUGGGCAGUGGAAUCGAGACUAUCUUCGCAGCCAUGGCCUGGGAUCCGCAGGUGAUGAUCCAAAGCCACCCGGAUCUCUGGUAUCGUCUGGUCAACCUUUACCCCAAGGUUCAACAGGCGGUUCACGUAUAA